AUGGAAAAUUUUGAUGAAGAAGUUAAUUCAACAGGAAACAACGGUCAAUCUGAAUCAAGUUCCUUUAGUGUAUCUACAAGAAAUUCUUACAACAAUUCAGGGAUUUCUUCAUACGAUGAAGAAGAUCCAGUUGUUUAUCCAGAUGCACCACCGGAGUUCAUACCAGUUAGGGGAGCUAUUUUUGAGAGUCUAGAAAAAUGUAUUGAGAUGUACGAAAGAUAUGCUUACCAUUCAGGUUUUGACAUUAGAAAGUCAACACAAAAGAAAUUACUGAGUGGAAUAGUGAAGGAAAGGUAUCUUUUGUGUAACAAGGCAGGAAACACUCGAGGUGAUACAACAAAUGUUGAGAAAAGGCAGCGGACUUCAUCAAUACAUGUUACUGGUUGCAAAGCAAAAGCUAUUUUCAAGAUUGUUGAAGGAAGUGACUCAUAUGUUUUAGAUACAUUUGAGCCAAGACACAAUCACCAAAUGGUUCCAAAGGAACAUAGGCAUUUAUUGAAGAAAUCAAGACAGUUAGGUUUUGCCGAAAUGAAUUUCAUACAUAAAGUAUCCACUUCAAACAUAGGGGCAACAAGAGCUCACCAUAUAUAUAGCAACAUUCAAGGUUCAUACAAAAAAACCCAUGGGACAGUUACAGAUUUCAAGAACCAUAAAACUGCCAUAGAUUGUUAUAUAGGAUUAGAUGACGCCCAAAUGCUGAUUAACAAAAUGGAAAACACAUUACAAUGUGUCAGAGGUUUUUCUUUCAAUUACAAGGUAGAAGACAAAAAUCUUGCUGGUCUUUUUUGGGCGGAUGAAACGGCUAAGUUGAACUUCAAGGAGUUUGGAGACAUUAUCUCGUUUGAUGCUACAUAUAGGACAAAUAAGUACAACUUAAUAUUUGUACCUUUCACUGCAAUUGAUAACCACAAAAAAACAGUAUCAAUUGGAGCCGGCAUGCUGCACAACGAAAAGUCAGAUUCUUACAAGUGGCUACUUGAAAAAUUUCUACAAGCAUUUGGCAGCCAACCAAAGAUGGUGGUUACAGAUCAAGAUCCUGCAAUGAAGAAAGCAAUUGAGGCUGUUUUACCAGAGUCAAGACAUAGGCUUUGCAUGUGGCACAUUACGCAAAAGCUUCCAUCAAAGGUGGGAAACGAUAUGUUUGAGCAUUCAGAUUUCAAAAAGAAAUUCAAUGAUAUAGUGUGGAAUUUAUCGAUAGAUACAAAUACGUUUGAGAAGAAAUGGUUUGAAAUAAUGAAGGAGUUUGGUUUGGAGGAUCAUGAAUGGUUUACUCACAUCAGAUCAACAUGGAUACCUGCAUAUUUUAGAGACUUAUAUAUGUCAGGUUUAGUGAGGACCACAUCCAGGUCAGAGAGCGAGAAUUCAUUUUUUAGCAACUUUACAACUGAGAAAUCGACUUUGGUUCAUUUUAUGUUGUCAUAUGAAUCGGCUAUGGAGAAGCAAGGGAGCAGAUUAGAGUUUUUGGAUCAUCAAUCUCUUAUCAAAAUAGCACGGUUUUCAACACGUCUUAAUAUCGAAAAACAAGCAUGUGAUGUCUACACGCGUGCAAUCUUCCUACUUGUUCAAAAUGAGAUUCAAAUAUCCAUUUAUGAUUGUGCUCAGAUUUCUGUUAAUUCAGAAGAAGGUGUUGAUGUGAUUUUGAUUAGAGAAAUAAAAGAAAUGCAUAAAAGAACUGGAAAGUCUGCUGAAGAGGAAAAGAGGAAGAAGAAAAGGAAAAAAAAAGGUGUUGAAGAGGACGAAGAAGAAGUUGAAGAUCUAAGAACUGUAGAGGGAGAAGAAAUUGAGGAUACAAAUAGAGCCUUAUUUUCAAAAGAUCAAGAAAAUUCUGCAACAAAUCAGACAGUUGUAUAUAGCUGCAAGACAUUUGAACGUUAUGGCUUCUUGUGUAGACAUGUCUUUUGCAUGUUCAAGGCAAACGGUAUUGACCAAAUACCAGAAAAGUACAUUAUUAGGCGUUGGAGAAAGGAUCUAAUUCCUCCAGGAAUGAGAACAAGAAGAACAAGGUAUGGAGAAUCAAAUGAAGAGUUUGAAAGGCUAACAAAUGAAGCUCAUUACAUUGUUGAGAAUUGCAUGACCUUGUUAGGAAAUGAUGAAGCUAUGCUUUCAGCAUUUGUUGAUAAAGUUAGAUCAUUAAAAGGUGAGAUUGAAGAUGGGUUUACAAAUGCUGGAAUAAAGAACAAGGAUAAGAUCAUUGAAAGUUUCUUAGGUGUGACAAAACCUGCAGAAAGAAAAAUUGAAAACCCAGAAGUAGAAGGAUUCAAAGGUUGUGGAAACAGAUUAAAGAGUUCAAAGGAAAUUGCAAUGGAACAAUCAAUGAAGCAUAAACGAAAAUGUGCAAGUUGUGGAAAGAUGACUUUUCAUAACAAAAGAAAUUGUGCGAAGAAAACAAAAGAGGAAGAAGAGAGAAAAGCCAAGGCUGAAGCUCUUAAAGCCUCCAAAAAGAAGUAA